CCUGUGCAAUCCUGACAGCAGAGCUUAUCUCCAGCAGUCUUGACUGAAGAAAAAUUUACAUCCUUUUGUUACUGCCAUGAGGUCUAUAUACAAGCUCUUUCUCCUUGCAGUGGUUUCCUUUUCUUUUAAUGGAAGCAAGGCAGCAGAUGCUGAAGAGAAGCUAAUGAACCACCUAUUAAGCUCUGAGAGGUAUAAUAAGUUAAUUCGCCCAGCAAUCAACUCCUCCCAGUUGGUAUCUAUAGAGCUACAAGUUUCUUUGGCACAGCUAAUCAGCGUGAAUGAACGUGAACAGAUCAUGACCACAAAUGUCUGGCUAAAACAGGAAUGGACUGACUAUCGUUUGGCAUGGACACCUUCUGACUACGAAGACAUAAAUAAGCUAAGGAUACCUGCUAAACAUAUUUGGCUGCCAGACAUUGUACUUUACAAUAAUGCGGAUGGCACAUAUGAAGUCUCCCUGUAUACAAAUGCAAUUGUAAAGAACAAUGGAAGCAUUUUCUGGUUGCCACCAGCCAUCUACAAGAGUGCCUGCAAGAUUGAGGUGAAGCAUUUUCCAUUUGAUCAACAAAAUUGCACAUUAAAAUUCCGGUCUUGGACAUAUGAUCACACAGAGAUUGAUAUGGUACUUAAAACAUCCAUGGCAAGCAUGGAUGACUUUACACCCAGUGGAGAGUGGGACAUUAUAGCACUCCCUGGAAGAAGAACUGUAAACCCCUUGGAUCCAAAUUAUGUUGAUGUGACAUAUGAUUUUAUUAUUAAAAGAAAACCUCUUUUUUAUACCAUCAACCUUAUCAUUCCUUGUGUGCUAAUUACAUCCUUGGCCAUCCUGGUGUUCUACUUGCCUUCUGACUGCGGUGAAAAGAUGACCUUAUGCAUAUCUGUACUGCUUGCUUUGACUGUGUUCUUACUGCUGAUCUCCAAAAUUGUCCCUCCAACAUCACUGGAUGUUCCAUUGAUUGGAAAGUAUCUGAUGUUUACAAUGGUACUAGUGACAUUCUCAAUAGUUACCAGUGUCUGCGUACUAAAUGUCCAUCACAGAUCUCCCAGUACGCACACUAUGCCCCCAUGGGUAAAGCUGAUUUUCCUUGAGAUACUUCCAACAUACCUGUUCAUGAGGCGCCCAGAGAAUAAUUCUGCAAGGCAAAGGUUAUGCAGUCGCAGAAAGACUAGAUCUGAGAACCUGUGCGCUGAUCCAGCCGACCUGUAUAAGAGCUCCACCUAUUUUGUGAACAUUGCCUCUGCCAAAAAGUAUGAUCUGAAAUUGACAGAGAAUCCUGAUAACAUCAGUAGCCAUCGAGAUUUCAGGUUGCGAUCUUCAACAAAGUUUUCUCCUGAAGUCCAAGAAGCAGUUGAGGGGGUCAGUUUUAUAGCAGACCACAUGAAAAGUGAUGACAAUGACCAGAGUGUCAUUGAAGAUUGGAAAUAUGUUGCCAUGGUAGUGGACAGACUGUUUCUUUGGAUAUUUGUCUUUGUUUGUGUCCUGGGGACUGUUGGAUUAUUUCUCCAGCCACUUUUUCAAAACCACUCUGUUGCUGGAAACCCGUAA